UCAGGCUUGCCCGCUGGCCGGGACGGAGGCGGUCCCGGCAAACACAACCGAGGAAGAGACAGCGAGAACAGCGGCUGACAAGAUCAUGCCACGCCUGUCUGUCGCCGACGCGCUAGCCAUCCACCACGCCAUCCACAGCACCGCGGACACAGUAACCCUCGCCGACGGCACCGUCUGCCGCAUCAUCGUCUCCGCGAACCGCUGCCGCCGGUGCGACCUUCCGCUUGGGAUGUUCAGCAGCAACGCCAAGCUCAUGGCGCAAAAUAUGGACAAGGACAGUGCCGCGGCCAAGCGCGCCCGCCAGGGCGCCCAGAUUACACACAUCAUCCCGCUUGGCGCCAACGGGCAGCACGGGACGUACAACUGGGGGAUGAUCGAAGACGGGAGAAUCGCCAAAAAAUGCUUUGUGCUCGAGGACCCGACUCGGCCGCCCCAGGACCCCGCGCGCACGCCUCACGGCCACUUGCGCGCAGCUUGCACCUACCUCGACUGCCCGUACAACGAGCGGACAGAGGCCAAGCGGACUGGGGCCCUCUGGGACGCCGAGGGGGAGGGCAGCCAAAAGGCGAUACUUCACCGCCCCGCUUUGGCGCGAAGCUUGCGGAGACCUAGCUGACGCGGCCUAGUACUCCCUUCCGGUAGGCGUGGUACGUUCCGCCGGGCCUCCCCCUGGCGCCCUUCCAGCGCUGGGUGCGGCUGCCGGCGCCACCCGCAGCAGCGGCCGCCGCCCCGGCGCCACCCGCAGC